AUGGCAGAUGAUGUUGUUGAGCUGGAUUCCAGCGAAUCGGAGUGCUCUUUCGCGGAGUUUGAUUUAAACGAAUGGUUUAAGUAUUAUAAUGACCUUUGUUUCAACGGAACCAUCCCUCACGUGGAGUUGUCCUGGAGUAAAAGGAUGACCAGAUGUGCAGGAAUAUGCCAAGUCAAGCCUGAAGGAAUAUGCCGUAUAAGGCUUAGCGAGGCUCUACUCAAGUACAGAACAAUUAAAGAUUGCAAGGAGACUCUGUUACAUGAAAUGAUCCAUGCGUAUCUCAUCUUAAACAGAUUAGACCGUAUGUUCGCACACGGGCCGAAAUUUAUUUGGCAAAUGAAGAGAAUUAACGAGAUGACAGGGCUCAAUGUAACUGUGUUCCACGAUUUUAAUGAUGAAGUUAAUUACUACCUUAAACACAUUUGGAGAUGUGACGGUAUUUGCAGGUUCAAAGAGCCUUUUUUCGGAUACGUUAAACGUGCCGUGAACCGGAGUCCAGGCCCAAAUGACCUAUGGUGGGAUAAACACGAAAAGGAGUGCGGUGGUAAAUUCAUUAAGAUCUCAAAUGAUUUAAAUGUGUCGACUAAGAAUCGAGUCAACAAAAAUAAAAAAAUCCAUAACAACACAAUUGAAAAGUACUUUAACAACGGUAUGGAUGAUACUGACGAUAUGGGCUCAGUCAGCGCGCCAAUCAUCAUUGACUGA